AUGGUGGCCACGGAGUUUGGCGGUCGAGGCAUCGACUGGCACCAGGUGGAUCAUGUCAUCAAUUUCCAGAUGCCGACAGGUGCAGUCUGUUGGCUUCACCGUGUGGGCCGCACAGGUCGCAUGGGCCAGCAAGGCCUUGUGACAAACUUCAUCGGAAACAAGGACCAGGUCUUGUCGAAGCUCAUUCGAGAGCAACUGCAUGCUGGUGAGGACCUGCACACUCUCUUUUCCAGAAAGAGAUCAUUGCGCAAACGGCUUCGCAACCGCACAGAGGAUGAUGAAUCUGUGUUGCAGAUGAAUGUGCCAUCGCCUGCUGCUGGAACCCGCGGUUCAGCGCCAAGAAAGGCUGUGGAGCCGCAGCUCAGCUUUGGAAGGACGAGGCUUUGCACAAGGCAGCUGGAAUCUGAAUCCUCCUACUUGCUGACAGGCUCAAUUGUUGGACUCGUCGCCGCAGCGACCAAUCAGCGAUCAAGGCCGCCAGUGCCAAGAAGAGCCUCAAUCUGGAGUGCACGACCUGGAUGCUUCCUGGCUGGCAAGCCUUCCUUUGGGCUCAUUUGGAUUGUGCUGGCCUACGUGCUCUCCUCCAUGGGCGUUUAUGGUGUGUGCGAGGGUUGGGGCCCAGAAGACAGCGUUUACUUCUCCAUCACUGCCCUGACAACGGUGGGCUACGGAGAUCUGGCACCUUCACACCCCGCCUCAAGGCUGUUUUUUAGCUUUGCCAUCCUCUUGGCUCUCGUGCUACUCGCUGCUAGAUUGAGUAGCUUUGUCCACGAGCUUGUCCAGAGGGAGACGGGUACAGCAGCUGGGAGGUUGAACCAGCAGUUGAAGAUACGUUUGGGUGGAGCAUCGGAUGAAGACAUUGACAUCUUCGAUGAAGAAGGUGAGCGACGCCGCUUGAGAUCGAGAUUCAGACGGCAGUUGCAGCUGCUGACGAUGUAUUUGCUCUUGAGCUCUUUCAUAUCGAAACGUGCUCUCGGGCUACCUAGUUCGUGGGAGGCCCUCUAUUUCAGUGUGGUGACCUUAACCACGAUCGGCCUUGGCGAUCUUGUUCCGCAGACCCCCGAAGCGAAGUGGAUCAUUUCUCUGCUGUGCUUGGUCGGUGUUCCAAUCUUCGGCGCCACCUUGGCGGAGCUUGUGGCGCUGAUCUACGGAGAGCGACAGCGAGGCAUCAAGCAAAGGCUACCGAACCUCACAGUUGCAAGGCUGCUGAAAAUGAGGAAGUUUGCAGAGGAGCUUCACAGUCGCGGACUGUUGGAUAAGAAGGCGGAGAGUGAAUUUCGAAAGCUGGGAGAACACAGGAUUUCACAGUUUGAGUUUUGCUGCUUCCUCCUUGUCCAGAACGAGAUCAUCAGUAUGGAUGAUGUGGAGACCAUCUCGAAGAACUUCCUUCAGCUGGACUUGUCUGGUGAUGGGGCACUUUGGACGAAAGAUGCCCUCGCUUGGGAGCUGCAAAGGCUACUCCAGCCGAAGAAGAAGAAGCAGGAUAAAAAGGAUCAGGACGAGAGCGACAUCUCACAGGCAGAGGCUGUGAAGCUCAGAAGUUCUCUGGAAGCCAUCGACAUGAAGACCGCAGGCUGCAUUGAGCUCGCCGAGCUUGAAGCAGCCCUUCAUAAGGUUGGUGUCGUCACAUCGGAAGAGUAUGUCAGGAGAUUCUUUUUGAAGCUGGAUCUCAAUCGCGAUGGCAAGAUCAGCUUUCAGGAGUACAAAGAGCUCAUUCGCAAGCUUUGCCUGAAGAGCCGUGCGCCUUCGGACUCUCUGGACCCUGAAGCGGAGAAUCUGGAGCCGCAACCAGGCCCAUGA